CUCGCAACGUCGCCUACAAAUUUGUUUUGAAAGCGCGCUUGAAGCACUGUGACACGAACGACAAUUUGCUUUGCCAGCGAGCUCCAUCAUUCAGCUCGGCUGCAAACGGUAGAUUUCAUUGUUCGUUGAUCGCUUUGCAAGUUGAAGAUCAUCUAUGCCAAGAGUAGGAACUGAUUCCUCGCGGAGCUCUCCGAGAGCCAAGUCCUCAACAGUACAACAGGAUGGAGACUCUGCCGAUACGACAGGCGAGGAUACUUUGAACACUGCGAUCACUGCCCCUGGCUCUGGUGAGGACGACGACGGCGAGGAGGAGGAGGAAGAUGUUAUCAUACGAUCAAAGCCGCGCAAUGUCAGAGUGAUCCUGGACGAUGGCGCGCCUGCCGGCAAGUCUAAGACGGACAAGGCGACGCAUCUACUCGCCAGUAAGACCACUCCUGCAGUAACAUCAAGUUCCUUCGAAGACGAAGAUGAAGAAGGCAACGGCAAAAUUUAUGAAGAUGGGGCACUUCUGCCAGGCAGGCAGUAUACUUCGCGUGCUUUCAGGCUGCCAACAAGAGGCGAUGACUAUUGGUUCCUAGCGACGGAGAUUGCUCGGGUAACUGGCUACAGAGAUUCAUAUCUCUUCUUCAAUAAGAACAAGCAUUUGACAAAGUUCAUCACGACUGAUGCCGAGAAGUCUUAUUUGAUCGCACAAGAGCUUAUACCCUAUUCGUACAGAAACAGGCCAAUUGGCAUUGUAUCAGCCCGCAAGUGCUUCAAAACAUUUGGCAGCAAGAUCAUUGUACGUGGCAAGCGUGUCAGAGACGACUACUUUGCUCAACGAGCUAGAGAACAGGGUUUCACAGAUGAGGUCUUUGCGAACAAGGAAGACAAGCCAGCACCGGACCGUUCAAGCACAAACGACGCGACUCACAAGCGUGAACAAACACUGGAAGGAUCUCGAAAGAAAGCAAAACCGAUAGCGGACUACAAUGCAGCGCUGAAUGCUGAAAGACGAGAGCGAAUGCAAGGACGACUCAAGCACUUUCACUUUGAUAGAGAAUCCUUUUGACACAGUGCGCGAUCACUUCCAUCCUUCGACUGAAGGCCUUCACCAUCGCUUGUGCUGCGCCUUGGUUUGAGCGGCGGCUUUGGGUCGCUGAUCGGCCAGUCUUUCACUCAGGAUGUCCAUUCCAAAUUGGCCAGCCUCCAUGAUCUUGUUGAACACUGGUGCGCUUUCGUUCGUUGCGGCUUCAAAACAGCCAUAAACGAAAACGAGGAGGGACACGAGCACUAUCGCCUUUGCUGCGAAUCGGAUAGACCCAAUGGCCAUGUUCCAGGUCCUGACCAAGAACACGAAGCUGAUGUAAAAUAUGACGAGAAGCAGC